CCCCCCUAUUUAUCCUAUUUAUUCACAACGUACAGUAUAUCAUACAACAUGCAAUGCGGUACACGUAGUCAUGCAUGACUAUUCGCUCAUCUCCGAAGACCUCUCCAAUUAUUUCAACAUUCCUCCUACAGAAGCAACGCAAGGCCCUAACCAUACUGCAUGAUCGGAGCUCACUCUAGCACCGCCACGCCGUGUAUCCAAUAGCAACGCCGCCGUAACCGGUUAGUGUGGCGCUACGUGGCUGUUGUCCUGCACGAGUUCCAAUGAUGGUUCCAUUCUUCGCAAUCAGCCCCAAUUGUGUUCUCCUGAUUGGCGUACCGUCCUUUCUCCCCCGCGGGCGGCGCAUCUUGGCAGCGUCAUGAUCGUUUUACGAUUGGCGUCGAAAGUCGCGAGUACCCAGCGGGUAUCCGCUCUGAGCUCAGCGGAAGCUCCUAAUUUCCCAUUUCCAAGCUGUCCGAGGGCUGGGCAAAGGUACCCUGUACCUAAGGUCCUAAGAGAGCCGGAUCUGUCUCGCUUGGCCUCAGCCCUGCAGCCCUACCACCCUGCGCUGCACUGUCUCAUCUCAUCUCUUUUGCAAUUUUUCGAGUCUGCCUAAUCCCUAAUCUUCGUGGAUUUUCUUUGGGUGGUUGCGCUUUCUCCCUGGCAUCCCCUUUCUGGAGUUUCUCAAUUGCGCUCCUUCCGAGAAUCGCCCUUCCGCUCUCCCCCCCGUCCGACAGCUCGUUCACGCCCAUUUUCAUCUCUUCUCACUCCCCCCUUUUCUCCCUAAUCCGACGCCUUCCGUGAGAUCGCGUCGAUUACCUGCUCACAAUGGCUGACUCUAGUCUUCCGGUCAAUGGGGUUCUCGCCAAUGGCGAGACCACCGCGCCGGUGCUGCGCAACGCCAGCGAUCGCUUUGAACUUAUCUCCGGCCCGUUAAUCAACUUGAAGAACAUGCAUUAUGAGCCUUCCCCCGUUUGGCAAGGCAGUGUAUUGAUCGUUACAAAGCCGGGCCAGGACCAGCCUCAGCUCCACUUGCGCCAACUAGGUCCCGUUGCCGUCGAGGGACAGCCUCCUCAAUUUCAAACAAACCAGACAGUCGAGGGCUUGAAGCUCUACGAAGAUCUCAACAAGGCAUUCUGGCGCUUCUCUCUGGCCGUGCCCGUCGAGACCUACGAGGCGCGCUGGGAGUACAACAUACCGGGUUUGUACAAUGAGUCCUCCGAAUCAGUCAACGCGCCUUGGAACUUUGUGGUUCCCGCGCUGGAUCAGUCUAUGCGCAUCAUGUUCCACUCCUGCAAUGGCUUCUCUGUCGGUACGGACAUGGAUGCUUGGGUUGGCCCCAAUCUAUGGAAUGAUGUCCUGCGAGUCCACGGCGAGAAGCCUUUCCAUGUAAUGGUUGGUGGUGGCGACCAGAUCUACAACGAUGGGAUUCGUGUGGAUGGGCCUUUGAAGGCCUGGACGUCCAUUGGCAACCCCCACAAGCGCCGUGCCCAUGACUUCAACAAUCAGAUGCGCGCCGACUGUGAUGAUUAUUACUACGCCAACUAUGUGCGGUGGUAUAACACUGAGCCGUUCCGCGCUGCGAACGGUCGUAUUCCGCAGGUCAACAUUUGGGAUGAUCACGAUAUCAUUGACGGCUUCGGGUCCUACACGGAUCACUUCAUGAAGUGCGCCGUCUUCCGCGGUAUUGGUGGUGUCGCGUUCAAGUACUACUGUCUAUUCCAGCAUCACAUCGCCCCUCCCAAGUCGACCUUCACUACCGAUGCCCCCGAGACCAUGCACGCGGUGAACGGAACCUCUGGCGUGGACCCGCGCCAGGUCGAGAACACCUACGUCCUCGAGAAUCAGCCCGAGGACGACAGCUGGAUCAUUGGCAAGCGACCUGGCCCGUACGUUGAGGAGCGCAGUCGUAGUCUGUACAUGCGCUUUGGCAAGCGUAUCGGCUUCGUGGGUCUAGAUGCUCGCACCGAGCGCACCCGCCACCAGGUUAAUUACCCCGAGACGUACGACUUGAUCUUCCAGCGGCUCCAGCACGAGAUUGAAGCCGCGAAUGGCGAACUCAAGCACCUCGUCGUGUUGCUCGGUGUCCCCAUCGCCUACCCUCGUCUCGCCUGGCUCGAGAACAUCCUCAGCUCGCCCAUCAUUGCGCCCAUCCGGCUGUUGAACAAGCGCUUCGGCUUGGCGGGCGGUCUUUUCAACGAAUUCGACGGGCAGGUCGAUCUGUUGGAUGAUUUGGACGACCACUACACGGCGCGACAGCACAAGCGCGAGCGAAGGAUGCUCGUGCAGCGGCUGCAGGAAUUGGCGCGCGCCAACUCCAUCCGCGUUACCAUUCUCGGCGGUGAUGUGCAUCUUGCGGCCGUCGGCCGCUUUUAUUCGCACCCGAAGCUGAAUCUUGCUGGCGAGAAUGACCACCGCUUUAUUGUCAACGUGGUCAGCUCUGCCAUUACGAACAAGCCCCCGCCCAAGGCCGUUGCAAACCUCCUCGCGCGGCGCAACAAGAUCCACCACCUCGAUCGCGAAUGCGACGAGACACUCAUGCCCUUCUUUGACAAGCAACCUGGCGGUGUGGAGAAGAGCGCGACCUGGAAUAAGGUGACUAUGCCAUCGCGUAACUUUGCCACGCUGACCGAGGUCGUGGCUCCCGUUUCGAACGGCGACGGUGUCCAGCCGGUGACUGCGAAGCUCGAUCGUCUGCCAAAGGAUGGCCACGCGCCUCUGCACAAGGGCGAGGUCGAUGCAGGAUCGACGCACACUGCAGCGGAUGGAUAUAGCGCACACAGUGGCAUGUACGGUGGUCUGGACGUGGCUAUUCGAGUGGAGAUUGACCCCCACGAUCGGCAGGGGACGACGGAGGGUUAUGGAUUUAGCAUUCCUCCACUGUUGGCUACCGAAGGCCCGCCCGUGUCGUCUCGUCUGAGCAUGCGGUCGCGCGUUUCGCGCCAGAACUCGGUUCAAGACCAGCCCGGUCGACCCUCGACUGCGCGUUAAUCGUAAUACAUAAUCUCUAUUUUUCCACGUUCUCAGUACCCCAUUGAUUCGACGGCUUUUUUUGAUACCUCCUUACGUCAUGAUUCUCCGUGUUUUGGUUUCCCCACUUUCUCCACUAUGUACUUGACUUCAACCUUUAUGCACUGCAAUGAUACUCCCGUGAGUGUUCAGGUUUUAGUUGUGUCGUAUGGGAUUCCCGAUUUUAGAUAUGCCACUGCGAUCGCGUUUAAAUCAUCUGAUGGUCGUUCCGAGUAGUUUGUGCGGAG